UUUCCUCCAUUCUCUGUUUUUGUUGAAUUUGUGCAUUACCAAGCAAGGAUUAGAAAUGACCCUAGUUUUGAUUUUACGUUGUCAUGCGCCACUCCAACCCUCAAUCCACGCAAAUCAUCAGUGACAGUACACAAGACUAAUGUUUUUCCUCCAGAUUUUAUCCACAGGUCUGCAGACCAAUCAGAAGUGAAGGUACAGAAUCCUAGUAAGCAGUGUCCUAUACAUCAGAAGCCUCAUCCUCUCCAAAAAUGUAGAGCCUUCAGAGAGAAACCAGUGGAAGACCGCAAACGAUUCUUGAAAGAGAAUGGCAUCUGUUACAAGUGCUGUGCAUCCACAUCUCAUUUUACCAAGGAUUGCAAGGAGUCCCAGACAGCGCCUGCCUAACAACAGAGAACAAGCUCUAAAACGUUUCUCUUCUCAAGCACAAUCUGCAGAGAAAACAAGAAAUGAGAAAUCACUUCUUCACCUUCAUGGGAAAGGUAUUUGAAAAUGGCCAUGCAGAGGUAGCUCCCACACUCAAAGACUUUGAAGAAUGCUGGUACCUACCAAUGUUUGGAGUAUACCACCCAAAGAAACCAGGCCAGAUUAGGGUGGUGUUCGACUCUAGUGCCAAGUUUCAGAGUGUCUCUUUAAAUGAUGUUCUCUUGACAGGUCCAGACCUGAACAACAAACUUCUGGGAGUGCUCAUGCGCUUCCGCAAAGAUUCUGUUGCUUUCAUCGCUGACAUUCAACAAAUGUUUCACUGUUUCCUCGUUAAAGAGAAAGACAGGAAUUUCUUAAGAUUUCUCUGGUACAGAGACAAUGAUCCUUCUAAAGAUGUUAUAGAGUACCGUAUGAGAGUACACAUUUUUGGCAACAGUCCUUCUCCUGCAGUGGCAAUUUAUGGACUGAAAAGGUCUGCUCAAGAAGGUGAGGCAGAAUAUGGAUCAGAUGUCAGACAAUUUGUAGAAAGGGACUUCUAUGUUGAUGACUGCUUGAAAGCUAUGCCUUCAAAUGAGACUGCUAUUAAUCUCCUCAGGAGAGCUCAGGAAAUACUUGCUUGCUCUAACCUCAGGCUUCACAAAAUAGCCUCCAAUAGUCAAGAACUAAUGGAAGCCUUUCCAUCUCAGGAUCGCUGUAGUGAUUUGAGAGACUUGGAUUUAGGGACCAACUCUGUGCCAAUGCAACGUAGCCUUGGACUUCUCUGGAAUCUAAAAUCAGACACCUUCACCUUCCAAGCCAGCCAGGAGGAAAAGCCCUUCACGCGUCAAGGUGUUCUGUCCACUAUUAAUAGCUUGUACGAUCCCUUAGGGUUUGCAGCUCCUGUUACAAUUCAAGGUAAAGCCUUACUCAGAGACUUAACCAAUGAAACAUCUGACUGGGACGCACCUUUACCAGCUGAGCAAAGGAUUCUGUGGGAAGAGUGGAAAAACUCUCUGACAGCUUUAUCUAAGCUCAAUGUAGCUAGAUUCUAUGCACCUGUGCCCUCUACAGAAAUACAAAGCCAAAAACUUUACAUAUUCUCAGAUGCUUCUGUCAAAGCAAUUGCUGCUGUGGCCUAUAUUAAAACCAUGGACUCUAAAGGACAAUGUCAUAUUGGAUUUGUCAUGGGUAAAACAAAACUUGCACCAUACCCUGAGCACACUGUACCCAGACUAGAAUUAUGUGCUGCUGUACUAGCUGUUGAGGUAGCUGAAUUCAUUACAUCUGAAAUAGGCAUUGACCUCAAAGAUACUGAGUUCUACACAGACAGUAAAGUCUACAUCUACAUCUACAAUGAAACCAGACGAUUCUAUGUAUAUGUUAACAACAGAGUGCUUCGGAUUAGGAGAUCUGUCCAUCCAAACCAGUGGCACUAUGUACCUACAGAUCAGAACCCUGCUGAUCACGCUACUAGAGCCGUUGCUGCUGAUCAUUUAAAAAACACGACAUGGCUGUCAGGACCAAAAUUCUUGUACAACUUAAAGCAGACCACUACUGAAGCCUUUGAAUUAGUGGGUGCAGAAUCAGAUGUUGAAAUCCGCCCUCUAGGUGUCUACAAGGUGUCUACACUUCACACAACGACCUCAGAUAGCCGACUAGGAUCUCACAGAUUCCAGCAAUUUUCAACCUGGUCACUUGUUCGAGCUAUUACCUGUUUAACUCACAUAACUCGCUCAUUCAGAAGUAUGAGAACUUCUAGUUUGAAUGAAUGUAAAGGUUGGCCUCACUGUACAAAGGUCUAUGCAGUAUCAGAUCUGGAACAUUCAAGAAACAAGAAGCCUAUUCUAGAGAGAUUGCGUGCCUUACCAACAAAAGACCAAUACAUAAGGACAGUGUAUUGA